AUGGCCCACAGCCCAAGCGCUACGCCACUAAUCAAUGAACUGCUAUCAGUGUCCACGAGGGCUAACCCAGAAGACCUGUUCAAAUACACGUCAGGUCGAUGGCUAAUAGAUGAGGAGCAGCAACUCGCACAGCGAUAUGUCAAGUUUCAUGUGGAUAAUCUUUGCUCCAAGGCAGCAUCGGUAUUCAGCGAUUCAACAAGAUGCAUGGACCUUGUAAAGGUAGAGGGGAACUUUAACAAAGCUUUCCUCCUUACGAUGGAUGACGGCCACGAGGUGGUAGCAAAGGUCCCUUGUCCGAAUGCUGGACCGCCCUCGCUGACCACAGCUUCCGAAGUAGCUACCUUGAACUUCUUACGGUCUCGUACAUCUAUACCAGUCCCAGAGGUCUUUGCUUGGAACUCAGACCCCACGAACUCUGUAGGUGCAGAGUACAUCAUCAUGGAAAAGUUUCCGGGUGUCGCACUCGGCAGGAAGUGGGAUGGGAUGAAUAUGCCAGAGCGAUACGAGAUAAUAAGCCAGAUUAUACGGAUGGAGACCGAGCUCAGAAAGAUGGUCUUACCAGCAUAUGGGAGUCUCUACCUACGUGACUCGCUACGCUCGCUACCGCGCGAUUUUCAAUAUCAUCCUCUACCUGCUGAUUUAGACCCCGAUGGCUUGUUUUGCGUUGGUCCGUCCUGCCAUCGAAACGAAUGGCGUGGGAUAUCCGGAACAUCUGAUGAAAAGCAGUAUACAGGUCCAUGGUCUUCACUAUUAAAUUUCGCACUUUCAAACCCACAACGAGCACUGGCUCAUAUCGCAAGCUCUAGAGUCGAAGUACAAGAACACCUCAACCGUUUCGGCAGAGCCCAAUCCAUGGAUGAAUACAUCAGUCUACUCCACAAGAUGAUCGAAACCCUCCCAAUCCUCUCAUCCAACCCAGAAGUCUUAGAAGUAUCACCCCCAGUCCUCUGGCACACAGACCUCCACCUUCACAACAUCUUGGUCGCCCCAGAUAACCCAACCACAAUCCAAGGCAUAAUAGACUGGCAGUCGACACAAUCUGCACCUUUAUUCACCCAAGCGCGGUUCCCAGAGUUCCUUAGACCACCCAAGAACUAUAUCGCAGGAGUCCAGAUGCCACGCUUACCAGAUGAUUUCGAAGCAUUGUCUCCUGAGCAACAGGAAGACGCAAAAAGAGACAAGACUUUGGCGUCGCUGUCGAAAUACUAUGAAAUCUCUUGUCGGAGGUUUAACGAACCAGCGUAUAAUGGAAUGAGCCUGGAUCGGAGGCUUUGGGAGCCGUUUACCCCUUGCUCGCUUCCUGACUGUGGAAGUUUGGUUCCGUUGCGGAAUGCUUUGAUCCGACUUUCGCGAGGUUGGGAUGCCCUCGCAUUGCCGGGUAUUUGUCCGUCUGGAUUCACGGAACGGGAGUUGGAGAGCCAUGUAGAGCAGGAGGAACAAUACAAUGACAUACUUUAUCUGUGGGACAUUGUGAAGAACAGGCUUUAUACGGAGGAUGCCGGAUGGGUACCGAAUAAUAGAUGGGACGCUACGAAUGAGGUGAAUAGGAAUUUAUUUAACGUGUAUAUCGAAGCUGUGCGUGAGGAAAUGUCACCGGAAGAGGCGGUAGAAUUGUGGCCAUUUCCACCUGCACCCGUGGCUCAAUGA